AUGUUUUCUUACAAAGAUUUGGCUUUUCUUCCUAAACUAGCAAGACUCAACUCAACAUCUGCUAUAUUUGUAAACAGGAAUCCUAGAAACUUGGAACGAAUGCGAAUAGCUCGGAAACCAGAUGGAUACCAUUUGGAUAAACCUGGUCGAAAGUUCUGGCAUAUAUUAGUACUGACUGUAACUAACAGGGUAGUAAAAGCAGAAGUGGUUCACUUUGUUAAUGGACCUGUAAUAGAGGCAAAAACAUCAGAAAAAGCUCUCCGUAAUCAACUUUAUAGUAUGACAGAUACAUGUGCCUAUAAAAAUCUUGGUAAAGUUUUUGCUCAGAGGUGCAUUGAAUGCGGUAUUACUGAAAUGAGUUGUAAUUUAGAAGCAACAAAAGGGGGAAAAAUUGAAAAAUUUAUUGACGCAGUUACUAAAGGAGGAAUUAGACUGGAAGAAAUGAAUGUAUACAAAAAACCACUUCCCUGGGAUCAAUACCGGACUGAAAAACCAUGGGAAGUUACCGAAGAA